AUGAAGCUCGUUCUCUGCAUUUUGGCCAGUUUUUGCUUGCUGGCGCAGGCCGACCAAUCGUCUACAACUGAUGCAGUUCACCUCGCUAGGCAAAAAAACAUCUACGAGCUUUUCUGGCACGUCGAUCAACCCACCGUCUUCUUCCCUGAUCUCCUUCAGCAGGCUCGUACUUUCAACAUCGCUGACAACGUAGCCCAAUAUGGCGACCAGGAAGCAGUCACCGAGUUUCUGGACCUCCUCAAGCAUGGAAUGCUUCCACGUGGGCAGGUUUUUACGAUGACCAACCCUGAAAUGCGCCAUCAAGCGGUUAUCCUUUUCCGCGUUCUCCAUAGCGCGAAGACUUUCGACACCUUGUACAACACCGCCAUUUGGGCCAGGUUUAACGUGAACGAGCUAAUGUACGUCUACAGUUUGUCCGUCGCUGUUAUGCACCACCCAGAGACCAGAAACAUCAAACUUCCACCUUUGUACGAGGUGGUGCCCAACUUCUUCUUCAACGACGACGUUAUGCAACGAGCUCAAAACAUUGCCAUGGGUGAUGUGCCUAGUGCAACAAGGACUGUGGGAAGCGUUCAUCAUUUCGUACUUCCGGCCAACUACAGCGGCUGGUACUGGACUAGGGAAAGUACAACCGAAGAAAGAAUAAACUACUUCACCGAGGACAUUGGUCUCAACACAUUCUACUUCCUGGUGAACCACGACUUCCCUCGCUUCAUGCCAAGCACUAAAUACAACUUGCCUAGCCAGUUUCGUGGGGAAUACUACUUCUUUAUACACAAACAAAUGUUGAACAGAUACAACCUAGAAAGAUUGUCAAACGACUUGGGUCCAAUUGAGUACGUGAGCGUGGACAAGCCCAUUGUAAAUGGAUACUAUCCUACGAUGCACCAUCGUAAUGGACUUCCUUUCCCUCAAAGAGAAACCAACGGAAUCAUACCUCUUCAUAUGCAUAACUAUGUUCAGAUGCUUAAGGACCUCCACCAGAGAAUUUCGACCGCCAUCGACAUUGGCUACGUCGUGGACAAGGCAGGUCAUCAUAUCAACAUCUACACAGAAAAUGGAUUAAACAUUCUGGGUAACAUCGUAGAAGGUAAUGCAGAUAGUAUCAACAUACAGCUCUAUGGACAGUUGGAUCUAGUUUUGAGGAGACUCCUUGGAUUCGGUUUCCAAUCCAAUGUCCAAUAUCAAGUCGUACCCGGUGCUCUCGAAUACAUGAGCACCAGCUUGAGGGAUCCUGUUUUUUACAGCAUGUAUAAGGAUAUUCUCACUUACUACCACAGAUACAAGAAGAACCUGCCACUGUACAAGACAGAAGAAUUGCUAUUCCCUGGCGUGACCGUCACUUCGGUAACCGUAGACAGGCUUGUGACGUACUUCGACUAUUUCGAGACGAUGCUGAACAAUGGAUUGUCGAUUCAAACUCACAACCAAGCCGCGAAUACCCUUAUUCUGGCACGCCAGCAACGCCUGAAUCACAAACCGUUUACGUACCACAUUGUCGUAAACAGUGACAAGAAUACCAGGGCGAUGAUCCGUAUCUUUCUUGGACCGAAACGUGAUGUUUACGGACACGAGCUUCGUUUAGCGGACAACUACAAGAACUUCCUGCAAGUGGAUGAAUUUCUCGCGGACCUGAAAGCCGGAACCAACAACGUCGACAGAGGAAGCCACGAAUCCACUUUCGUCAUCCCAGACGAAGUUCCUAGCCAUGCAUUUUACAAGAACAUUGUGGCGAACAUCAAAGGCACCGAGACCCACAUCCAAACCGUGUCCAAGUAUGGUUUCCCCGACAGACUAAUAUUACCUAAGGGCAAAAAAGAGGGUAUGGAGUACCAACUGUUCGUGAUUGUUUCGCCAAUCGACACGGACAAGUUCACGCACGUCAGGGUAGCUAGCUUGGGCGAUCUUCCGGUUGACGGACGCCCCAUGGGAUUCCCCCUAGACAGACCCGUUCAUCCGCGCCACUUCAUGGUACCCAACAUGGCGUUGACUGAUGUAGUCAUUUACCACAGUGAGAUGGACGAGUUAAACGUUACCGCUUAAACUCUACAAAUAUAUAGUAUUCUUAAGUUACUAGAACGAAAAAGAGAUGUAUAA